AUGAAGUAUUUCGCAGCCAUGGUCAUCCUGACCAUUGCCGCCGACGCCAUUGCUGUCGCCCUCCCCGGUGCAAUUACGUACAACUGGCCGGGUAAGGGCAUCGGCUGGUGCCAAAACGUCGGCCAAGCCUGCUGGAAAGCCAAGGAGAAGCGCGCAGCCGAGCUGAAGCGCGAAGCCGUCGUCCUUGGUCAAGGGUGGUGCCAAAGCGUCGGCCAGUCUUGCUGGAAGGACAAGACCAAGACGAAGCGGGAAGCCGAGGCAGACCCGUACGACUGGCCGGGCAGGGGCACCGGCUGGUGCCAAAACGUAGGCGAGCCCUGCUGGAGGGUGAAGCGCGCCGCCGACACCUUUGCCGUCGCCCUCGCAAAGGACGACCUCGUCAUCGAGCGGGACUCGGCCGAGGCUCUCGUCUCCCACGCCCAGGGCGGCGCCGCCUUCAUGGCCAAGCGCGCCCUCAACGAGCUCGCCGACGUCGUUGCCGCCUCCCAGGACGACCCCUUCUUCUACUACGGCGGGCUGGACCUCAGGAACCACUUUGCGGACGACACGUCCGAGCUCGCGCGCCGCGAGGCCGAGGCCAAGGAGGGCUGGGUCGAGAAUGUCGGCCACCCGGACGAGAAGCGCUGGUGCAGUUUGCCGGGCGCGCCCUGCGCCAUCGCCAGGCGAGCGGCCGAGGCCCUCGUCGAUGCCAUCGAAGGCGUCGGCGAGGUUGCGAACCGGGGAAACGAGACUGCCCAGGCCGGAGUCCCGCCCGACGGAGGGCGCUGCCAAAGUAUCGGCCAGCCUUGCUGGAAGGCGAGAGUCAAGCGCGAACCCUUUUGCACCAGCUAUGAUCAGGGCUGCUGGACGCGCUCGGCGGACUCGGCGGCGUGGAAAGCUUCCCGCGACCUGAAGGCCAUGAAAUCUGCCGCUCGAGACCUCCUCGAGGCCGUUGCCUAG